AACCACCUCUCUAGCUCCUUAUUGUACUCAUUUUGAUUUUUAAAUUUUUAAGGCCUUCUGUUGAUUAACUGAUAUCAUUAAUGGAGAACGGAACAGAAGUGACAUGGUUCAUCCUGGUCGGACUCACCAAUGACUCACAACUGCAGCUUCCCCUCUUCAUCACCUUCCUUCUCAUCUAUACUGUCACCUUUGUAGGAAACCUGGGGCUGAUCCUGUUGAUUCUCUUAGACUCUCGGCUCCACACCCCCAUGUACAUUUUCCUAAGUAACCUGUCCUUAGUGGACUUCUGUUACUCUUCAACAAUCACUCCAAAGGUCAUAGCUGGAAUCCUCACAGGAGACAAGGUAAUGUCCUACAAUGCUUGUGCCUCUCAGAUGUUCUUUUUUGCAAACUAUGCCAAUGUGGAAAACUACCUUUUAGUCUCCAUGGCCUAUGAUCGCUAUGCAGCAGUGUGUAAGCCCCUACAUUAUGCCACCACCAUGACAAAACGUGUGUGUUCAUCUUUAGUCAUUGGCUGUUAUAUCUGUGGUUUGCUGAAUGCUUCCAUCUAUACUAUGGAUGCAUUAAGUCUCUCCUUCUGUGAGUUCAAUGUGGUUCAUCAUUUUUUCUGUGAUGUUUUGGCAAUCAUGAUUACAUCUUGCUCUGAUAGACAUGUUAACGAACUGAUUCUUGUUUAUUUAGCCAGCUUCAAUGUAUUUUUUGCACUUACACUCAUUUUAAUAUCCUACAUGUUCAUUUUUACCAACAUACUAAAGAUGCAUUCAGCUGCAGGAUAUUGUAAAGCUCUCUCCACGUGUGCCUCACACUUAACAGCUGUUUUCAUUUUCUAUGGAACGAUCAUAUUCAUGUACUUACAGCCCAGGUCCAGUCACUCCAUGGACACUGACAAAAUUGCAUCUGUGUUCUACACCAUGGUCAUCCCUAUGCUGAACCCUCUAGUCUACAGCCUGAGGAACAAGGAUGUGAAAAGUGCAUUUACAAAGAUUGUAUUGAGGUUAAGAUGAUAUUUACAGCAUCGAUUUUAGGAUUUUAGAAUGCAAAACACUUGGAUAUAUUCAUUUCAUCUUAACUUCAUAAUGAAUCAAAUUU